GAGAGAGAGACACACACACACAUACACAUACUGUUGCAGUCGAAGAUCCGAGGCUCGCCCUGAUUCUUCAGCUCUCCAUACCUUCCCCCCUCUUGAACUUGAGCAUGGCAGGGAGAAAUCGUAUGCCUCGUCAUCAUGAAAUUUUCCGUAGUUCCCGUGAUGGUCCUCGGCCUGUUGUAAGCCGAGGACCAGGACCCCUGCCUUUUCACCCUGCAGCUUUGAAAGAGGAACUUGAAAUGCAAAAUAGAGAAAUGAAGGGGAUAAUUGCGGAGAAUCGGCAUGUUAUUGAUGAAAAUACACAUCUUCAAAGGGAAUUAAGGGCUGCGAAAGAUGAGAUUCACAGAUUGGGGCAGGUCAUACCCACACUCCAGGCCGAGAAGGAGGAGCAGGCCAGGGACUUGAUUGAGAGAGGAUUAAAGCUGGAAGCUGAUCUUCGUGCUUCUGAGCCUCUGAGAGCAGAGGUUACGCAGUUAAGAGCUGAAGUUCAGAAAUUGAAUGCUCUGAGACAGGAUUUGUCUGCCCAAGUCCAAAGACUCACACAGGACGUUAACCACGCACAAGCUGAGAAUCAGCAACUGAUUGACAUGAGGGGUGAUAUUGAUGGGAUGCACAAGGAGCUCGUUGAGGCCAGGCGGGCUUAUGAGUAUGAGAAAAGAGCCAAGGAAGAACAAGUUGAACAGAAGCAAGCAAUGGAAGAAAACCUUAUUUCAAUGGCUCGUGAAAUAGAGAGGCUACGAGCAGAGCAGAUGAAUACAGAAAGGAGAACACGAGGACUAGGUGGCAGAGGUUAUGGGAUGUUGGAUGGAGGCCUUGAAUCGAGGUAUCCAAGUGGUGCAUUUGGCGAUGGCUACAGUGGUGGUUGGGGACAUUAUGAUAAGCGUGAUCGUCGAGGUGACCCUCUUCGACGUUGACUUUUCACAAAGGCAUCUUGAGGUGCUCUGGUGUUUGGUUUGCAUGUCUUAACUUCUUGGUGACUGAGCAUUGGAGGUCUUCUAGGCGAGAAGAAGAAUAGCAUUAGGUUCAAGUAGAAUGGUUCUCUCUCUCUUAACUGGUUUAGAUUUUGUCCCUAGCCUUCUGGCUUCUAGCAAUGGUUACUUGACUGGAAUUGAGUUGACGUGAUCCUUAUUGUUAUCAUAGCCGGUGGUACACAGAUAUGCUUGAUGAUGGGUCCAAAAAACUGAAAUUCAGGUAUACAGACUUCGGGAAUACCAUGUAAGUAUUAUGCCUCCAUUGUCGAUGUUUUUCCAAAAAUGAGAAGUUGAAGUCAUUAUGUGUGUA